AUGUUCUCAGUGCGGAUCGUGACUGCCGACUACUACAUGGGCAGCCCGCUGCCCGGCCUGGACCCCUGCCAGUCCCGCUUCCGAGAGGCCCCGGCCAAACGGGUGCCCGUCGUGAGAGUCUUCGGCGCCACCCCUGCAGGUCAGAAGACUUGUCUCCACUUACAUGGUAUCUUCCCUUACCUCUAUGUACCGUACGAUGGUUUUGGACAGCAUCCAGAGUGCUACCUUCGUCAAGUGGCAUUCAGCAUUGACAGGGCACUCAAUGUGGCUUUAGGAAAUCCAUCUUCUACUGUUCAGCAUGUUUUCAAAGUAUCAUUAGUGUCUGGAAUGCCUUUUUAUGGUUACCAUGAAAAGGAGAGACAGUUUAUGAAGAUUUAUCUUUACAAUCCUGCAAUGGUAAAAAGAGUUUGUGAGCUUCUGCAAGGUGGAGCCAUAAUGAACAAAUCUUACCAGCCUCAUGAAGCCCAUAUUCCCUACCUCCUCCAACUCUUUAUAGACUACAAUUUAUAUGGAAUGAAUUUAAUAAACCUGGCUGCUGUGAAAUUCAGAAAAGCAAGGAGAAAAGGUGACACAUCAGGUGUAAGUAAACAUCAUAGAAUUCAUUUGCCAGAAAAUUCAAGCAACGUAUCUUUCACUGAAUGGGAAGAAGAUGAAAUACCAAGCUCUUUAAUGUUGAAAGGUGUUGAGCCACAAAGUACCUGUGAAUUGGAGGUGGAUGCAGUAGCUGCUGACAUUUUGAAUCAACUGGAUAUUGAAGCCCAGAUUGGCAGGAAUCCUGGUUUGCAAGCUAUAUGGGAGGAUGAAAAGCAGCGACGGAGGCAGAAAUGUGAAUCUUCUCAAAUUAAGCCACCUGAGUCACAAGACCGUGGAUUUGUGCCAGCAACAGAGAGUGAAAAAUUUUUUCAGAAGAGACUUAAAGAAAUUCUCAAGCAAAAUGACUUCUCUGUAACGUUGUCAGGAUCAUUGGACUACAGUAAUGGGUCAGAGGAGUUCUCUGCUGAGCUAACACUACAUUCUGAGGUACUUUCUCCUGAAGCCUUUCCAUGUACACCAGCUAAUACGGUAGAAGUGCAUGACGAUAAACAGAUGAGCAAAGACUCCAAUAGGAUGCAUACUGAUAAAGAAGAGGAAGCACUUAUUAAUGAAGAAGCAAUUCUAAACAUUGUGGAGAAUAGUCAGUGCUUUCAGCCUUUGUCUCAAAGACUGAAUCAGACUACUGUUUUUAUGGGCAGUAGUGCUGAUGAGGCCAUGAUUGAUCUGUUGGCUGGACUGGAGAAUGAUGGAUAUCAGAUGGGACAUCAAAAAACACUCUCUCACCAUCGUUCUCUUGGAAGCUGGCAAAAUUCUCAGAACAGUGAUGAUGAAGAAAAUGAGCCACAAUGUGAGAAAGAAGAAAUGGAACUUAGCUUGCUAAUGUCCCAGAGGUGGGACAGUAGCGUGGAAGAGCCUGGGCAAAAAAGGAGGUCAGCUGGCAAAAAUAUGCAUCGAAGUUCAACAGAAGAGGAUUCGUCUUCGGAGGAAGAAAUGGAGUGGAGUGGUAACAAUAUCCUAACUAAUCUCUCAAUACCUCAGUUAGAUGGAACUGCAGAUGAAAAUGGUGACAAUCCUUUGAAUAAUGAAAGUUCUCGAACUCACUCCUCUGUCAUUGCAACAAGCAAAAUGUCUGUAAAGACCUCAAUCUUUCACAAAGAUGCUGCUACACUAGAACCCCCAUCUUCUGCUAAAAUUACUUUUCAGUGUAAACACACAAGUGCCCUUUCUAAUCAUGUUUUGAAUAAUGAAGAUUUUGUAGAAGACCUCUCACAACCAAACACAGAAACAAGACCUGAACUUUCAGUCCAUUCUCUAACAAAAGAAAGCACUUACUCAGCCAAGUACCCAACUCCAUUCAGCAAUAGUACCCAUGCAGAAAACUCUCACACAGAGAGCAGCAAGACAGAGACUCUCCCAGUUCCUUCAUGUGGAAAUAAUAUUUUUGACUAUGAAGAUGAUAUUUCAUCAGUGAACAGACCAAUACCUAGUAGGAAGUACAUUAGCAUUAGGAAGGCUGAAAAGGAUGUCUCUUUUAUGCAUGUGGGCCGCCAUAUUGGUGACAACAUGUUGAAUAAAAAUUUAUAUAACUUUUCUGAUAUGAGCCACUCCAAAGGUAAAAUGUCCUCUGAAGUAAAUGACAAAUCCAGCAGUGCAAGUAUAAAUAGUUUUUUUCCAGCAACAGCUACAGAAAAUUGUGAAUUAGUUCCUUGUUCAGGAGGCAGUCGAACUGUGGUACAUUCACUUGAAAAUAACACUGAUGAGGGUGGCCUUAAUAAGCUUAAAAUUAGGUAUGAAGAAUUUCAGGAGCACAAGGCGGAAAAGCCAAGCCUCAGUCAACAAGCAGCACAUUAUAUGUUCUUUCCUAGUGUUGUUCUUUCUAAUUGUCUCAGUCGACCACAGAAGUUAGCUCCCAUGACAUACAAAUUACAGCAGGGCAACAAACAGUCCAGGCUGAAACUGAAUAAAAAGAAGCAUAAUUUUAUCAAUCGUCAGGAGCCUGCAAGUGUAAAUGAUGUUGCAUCAGUGAAGGAAGGCUGCUAUACACAAGGUAAUGCCUGUAGUAACAUUCCUGAUAAGGAUAGUGCUUUACCUGGUGACUUAGUUCAAGUUCCUCUUGAGGCUUUUGAAAACAAAAUGCCUACAAGUACUGCUAAUUACACUGACUGCCAGUUUGCAGAUGGAUCUCUUGAAACUGAGCAGUCAUUUGGACUGUGUGGGAAUAAGUACACGCUCCGAACGAAACGGAAAGUGAAUUAUGAGACUGAAGACAGCGAAUCGAGCUUCGUCGCACACAACUCAAAAAUUAAUCUACCUCAACCGAUGGAAAGUGUUGAAAGUUUGGAUGGGUCUCAGAAGUCUCGAAAGCGUAGAAAACUUUCUAAAAAAUUGCCACCUGUUAUUAUUAAAUAUAUUAUCAUCAAUAGAUUUAGAGGGAGAAAAAAUAUGCUUGUUAAAUUGGGGAAAGUAGAUUCUAGUGAGGAAAGAGUAGUACUCACAGAGGAAAAGAUGAAUUUAUAUAAAAAGCUUGCACCUUUAAAGGACUUUUGGCCAAAAGUUCCUGACUCUCCUGCAACCAAAUAUCCUAUUUAUCCACUAACACCAAAGAAAAGUCACAAAAGGAAAGCAAAACAUAAGUCAACCAAGAAAAAAGCUGGAAAACCACAAAAAACAGGUAGUACAAAUAUUAAAAGAACUUUAUCUUUCAGAAAAAGGACUCAUACAAUUCUUUCUCCUCCUUCGCCCUCCUAUAGUGCUGAAGCUGAAGACUGUGACUAUAACUAUAGUGAUGUUAUGUCUAAGUUAGGUUUUCUUUCUGAGAGAAGCACAAGCCCAGUAAACACAUCUCCACCUCGCUGCUGGUCUCCCACUGAUCCAAAAGCAGAAGAAAUUUUGACCAACCUGGACAGAGAAGCUUUAUUUAGUAGGGGGCCCAAUAUCUACAACAGCAAGACUGUUAAUACUAGUGUAGGAAAAACUAGUAGAGCAAAAACUCAGGUUAAGAAAUGUAAAAAGAAAUUUGCUAGCCCCACUGUAUCUACCAAGAAAAAGAAAAAGAUUAACCAGGUUGAUAAAACACCAGAUGAUGGAAAGAAGAAACCUAGAACAAAACAAAAAACAGCUGAAAAAGCGUCCUCAAGAAAACGCGUUGUGUUUAAAGAUGAAAAAGAAAGUAGUCGCUCUACUACAGAAAUCAAGUUUGUGCUGAAGCAUCAAGAUCCUCAUGAGAUUUCUUAUAACUCUGUCUGCUCUCAGCCACUUCACAGCCUCAAAGACAGUCCUCUUCCUGGCUAUUCAGCUGGAUAUCUGCCAUCAGCACAGCUCCCUUCAGCUGAUACACAAGGUAAUUCAUUGGGCUGUUUUCACUCACUGAUGGAAAUUGAUAAGCCUGUAGAUGCACAGUGUUUGCCUGCUCCACGGGAAGACCCUCAUUCAUCUUUCACAUCUACUUCUACAGCAUCUGGAAGGGAAGUACCAAAAAUGAGCUCUCAGAGGUCCAGGACUCAGAGUGCUAUAUUUAGAAUGAAGGACUCUUCUCUCAUUCAAAACAUGUUUGAUCCAUCUAAUCACUUAACUCACAUAACACAGAAUGCUCUUAUCUCAAAAGAUAAGACUUCUCCAAAAGCAGAAGAGGUAAAAAAUUUUCAAAUCAGAUAUUUGCCACCAGCUGGGAAAUUAAAUGAAACCCGUGACUCUCUGGACACAGCAAAGAUGGAUCAAUUACAUACCACUAACUAUUUGCAUUGUAAAGACAAUAAUCAACAGCAAAUUUUUUGUUUACCAGAGGCAUCCAAGCAUUCUGAUCCUUGUUCUUCUAUUCUUAAGCCAUCUGAGGAAAACCCUGGGCCACUUCAACUGCCUAAAAACUGUUUUGUAACAUCUUUGAAGAGUCCAGUGAAACAGUUAAAUUGUGAUCAAAACCAGAGAGGAUUUAUUUUGGAUAUGUCACAUUUUAAACCAGAAACCACAAAACAAAGGCCUCUGUCAGAAACAACCAUGCAACCAAAACCCAUCUCCCAGUAUAAAAACAGGAAUAUAGUGGCCCCAUCAGCAUUUGGUGAAGGACAGUCUGGUCUGGCUGUUUUGAAAGAGUUGCUCCAGAAGAGACAGCAGAAAGCUCAGAAUGCCAGUAUUGCACCGGAGCCAUUGCCAGACAAAUCACAGCUGAGCAAGGGCAUAUCAUGCCCUCUUGAACAGAAUAAAGCCAUCAAAAGGUCACGACCAGUCACAUCAUCAAGAAAAUCUCGUUCUCCCAGGAGCACAAAACCUAAAGAAAAAGCAGCAAAACUUGCAAAAAAGGAGUCUUCAAGCCAGCCAAUUACUAAUCACAUUGAUCAUUCUGUAUCUAAUGACAGCCCCAUUUUUUUUUCAGACCCUGGUUUUGAAAGCUGUUACUCACUUGAAGACAGCUUAUCUCCAGACCACAAUUACAACUUUGAUAUUAAUACUAUAGGGCAAAGUGGAUUUUGCAGUUUUUAUUCUGCAAGCCAGUUUGUCCCAGCAGAUCAAAAUUUGCCCCAGAAAUUCUUGAGUGAUGCAGUUCAGGAUCUUGGUUCUGGACAAACAACAGAAGGUGACUUUCUAUGUCAUAAUGACCAAAAAUCUGAGGAUGAAAAGCAACAUUCUUCAAGCACAAAUAAAUGGAUACGGUCUGGUUCCCUGAGCCCUGAGCUUUUUGAGAAGACCUCACUAGAUAAUAGUGAAAACCACUGCCAUAGUCAAUGGAGGAAAAACAUUCAUUCUUCAACUUUUAGAUCUAGUUUUAUUGAUACCUCUUGUACCCAAGAGACUGAAGUCUGUUUAAAUGAAAAAUUCAGUUUGAAUAUAAAUACAGUAAACAAAGAGAGAUUCCUUAAUCUUUCUCAGCCAACCUGCUCAGACUGGAUUCAAAGCCACAUUAGAAAAGAAACCACUUUUGAACCCUGUCAACCACUUGAUUCAGUUAAUACCUCUUUUACAUCCUUAUUGUCAUCACCUGAUGGUGAACUUCUAGAUGCAGCUUCUGAGGAUUUAGAAUUACAUGUUUCAAGAAACAAUGAAGCAUUAACUCCAACUCCAGAUAGUUCACCAAGAUCAACCAGUUCUCCCUCACAAUCCAAGAGUGGAAGCUUUACACCACGUACUGCUCACAUUCUUAAGCCUCUCAUGUCCCCACCCAGUCGUGAAGAAAUCAUGGCAACUUUGCUGGAUCAUGAUCUCGCAGAAACAGUCUAUCAGGAACCAUUCUGUAGCAAUCCUUCAGAUGCUCCAGAAAAGCCAAGGGAGAUCGGAGGGCGGCUUCUCACAGUGGAAACCAGACUUCCAAAUGACCUCCUUGAGUUUGAGGGGGACUUCUCAUUAGAAGGUCUACGACUCUGGAAGACUGCAUUUUCAGCAAUGACAGAAAGUCCUAGACCAGGAUCUCCUCCUCAUUAUGGUCACUCUACUGUUAAUAAAAGAGAAAGUAAUAGCCAUAAAACUAGUGAAGACAAAAAAAUAGUCAUAAUGCCAUGCAAAUGUGCUCCAAGCCAACAGCAAGUUCAGAUAUGGCUUCAUGCCAAAGAAGAGUAUGAACAUUUCAAGAAAUUGCCUAAGAGUCAUCCUGCUGAGCAGGCAAAGGCAGAUGACAAUUCCAGCUCUGCAGUAUUGUCUGAAGAGAAAUCUAUAGAAGUAAUAAAAGUAGCUAAAGAUUUGAAUUUGUCUAGCCUGGAAGAUGAAAGACCUAUUGUGCCUACAAAGACUUCUCCUGCCUCCGUGGCAGAAAAUACAAAAACACAAACCAAGGAAACCUGUGAUAAGUCUAUAAGCACCAUAGGAACUUCUGUAAAUACUAAAAAUGACAUAGACUCUAAUAAAACUUCAUGUGCAAGCAAGACACACACUACUUCAGCUCUAGAACAUGAUAAGGAGGAGGAGGAGGAGGAGGAGGAAGAUUAUUAUGUCAGUUACAGUUCUCCAGAUUCUCCAGUGCUUCCUCCUUGGCAACAGGUGGCAUCUCCAGAUCCUAAACAGUCCAGUUUAGAAGACACAGAGUGGAAAAAUCAGGAUAUUAUUUUGUCUUCUGGGGAAGGAAACGAUGUUGGAAGUACACAAAAUUCUCCAUGCACCCAGGAGAACGUUCGGACAUCCUUUGACACAUCCCCGUUUCCAGUUAAUGAAGAUCCUGGAAAUUCUGAAUCAGUUUGUCUCCAUAGUACACCCAUUGCACACAGAAAAAACCAAGAUGGAAUACCUGAAGUUCUUGGUUUUACUCCUUUAUCUGCAGAACCAAAAGCUCAGAAACUGAGCCACAAGAGGGGAAGUAAUACUGAUGGUCUUCGAAGAGUACUUCUAACCACACAAAUGAAGAAUCAAUUUGCUGCCCUCGGUGCUCCAAAGAAAGAGACUUCCCAGAUUGAAGGACCAUCUUUAAAUAAUACUUAUGGUUUUAAAGUCAGUGUGGAAAACCUGCAGGAAGCAAAAUCUUUACAUGAGGUCCAGCACCUUACCCUCAUCAGUAUGGAGUUACAUGCUCGAACAAGACGAGAUUUGGAACCAGAUCCAGAGUUUGAUCCGAUCUGCGCUUUAUUCUACUGUGUCUCAUCAGACUCAGCACUGCCAAAUACUGAUAAAAAAGAAAUCACUGGUGCUAUAGUGAUUGAUAGAGGCAGGACACCCUCAAGCCAAGGGAGCAGAGACCAAGCCCCCUUGCUUACAAGAUCUGGAGUUACAGGACUAGAAGUCAGUUACGCUACUGAUGAAAGAACUCUUUUCCAGGAAGUAGUGAAUAUUGUAAAAAGAUAUGACCCAGACAUUUUGCUAGGCUAUGAAGUCCAGAUGCAUUCCUGGGGUUAUCUCUUACAGAGGGCUGCUGCACUGAAUGUUGAUCUAUGCCAGAUGAUUUCUCGUGUGCCAGAUGAAAAUAAAGAGAACAGAUUUGCCACCGAGCUGGAUGAAUAUGGAGCAGAUACAAUGAGUGAAAUAAAUAUUGUUGGGCGAAUUGUCUUGAAUAUAUGGAGAAUGAUGAGACAUGAGGUGAAUCUAACGAAUUACACUUUUGAAAACGUGGGGUUUCAUGUUCUUCAUCAUCGUUUUCCUUUAUUUACGUUCCGAGUUCUGUCUGAUUGGUUUGACAAUAAGGCAGAUGUCUACAGAUGGAAAAUGGUUGAUCAUUAUGUUAGCCGGGUUCGUGGCAAUCUCCUCUUGUUAGACAAACUGGAUUUGAUUGACAGAACAAGUGAAAUGGCAAGAGUUUUUGGCAUUCAGUUCUUACAUGUAUUAACAAGAGGCUCCCAGUACCGUGUGGAGUCGGUGAUGCUGCGCAUUGCAAAGCCCAUGAACUACAUUGCUGUGACUCCCAGUGUCCAGCAGCGAGCUCAGAUGAAAGCCCCACAAUGUGUUCCCUUGAUCAUGGAGCCCGAAUCCCGCUUCUACAGCAACGCCGUUCUUGUCUUGGAUUUCCAGUCCUUGUAUCCUUCCAUUGUCAUAGCAUACAACUACUGCUAUUCUACCUGCCUGGGACAUGUUGAGAACUUAGGAAAAUAUGAUGCAUUCAAAUUUGGCUGUACAUCUCUGAGAGUACCUCCUGACUUACUCUACCAGAUUAGACAUGAUAUCACAGUGUCACCCAGUGGAGUUGCUUUUGUCAAGCCUUCAGUAAGAAAGGGUGUGCUGCCAAGGAUGCUAGAAGAAAUCUUGAAGACCAGGAUAAUGGUGAAACAGUCAAUGAAGGCUUAUAAGCAUGACAAGGCUGUGACUCGAAUGCUUGAAGCUCGUCAGUUGGGUCUUAAAUAUAUAGCUAAUUUUACUUUUGGCUAUACUGCUGCUAAUUUUUCUGGAAGAAUGCCAUGCACUGAGAUUGGAGACAGCAUUGUCCACAAAGCCAGAGAAACAUUGGAGCGUGCCAUUAAACUGGUGAAUGAUACAAAAAAAUGGGGUGCUCACGUUGUAUAUGGUGAUACAGACAGCAUGUUUGUACUCUUGAAAGGAGCCACAAAGGAGCAGUCCUUUAAGAUUGGUCAAGAAAUUGCUGAAGCUGUAACAGCAACAAAUCCCAAGCCUGUUAAACUGAAAUUUGAAAAGGUCUACUUGCCAUGUGUCCUGCAAACUAAGAAGAGGUAUGUGGGUUACAUGUAUGAAACACUGGACCAGAAGGACCCAGUAUUUGAUGCAAAAGGCAUAGAGACAGUCCGAAGGGACUCCUGUCCUGCUGUUUCCAAGAUACUUGAGUGUUCUAUCAAGCUGCUAUUUGAAACACGGGACAUCAGUCAGAUCAAGCAGUAUGUUCAGAAUCAAUGCAUGAAGUUACUGGAAGGAAAAGCCAGCAUGCAGGACUUCAUCUUUGCAAAAGAGUACAGAGGGAGCUCAGCAUACAAACCUGGAGCCUGUGUACCUGCUCUGGAAAUCACCAGGAGAAUGCUUGCCUACGACCGUCGCUCGGAGCCGCGCGUGGGGGAGCGCGUGCCCUACGUCAUCGUGUACGGCAUGCCCGGCCUGCCCCUGAUCCAGCUCGUCCGGCGGCCCCUGGAGCUGCUGCAGGACCCCAGCCUGAGGCUCAACGCCACCUACUACAUCACCAAGCAGAUCCUGCCCCCCCUGGCCAGGGUCUUCUCGCUCAUUGGCAUAGACGUCUUCAGCUGGUACCACGAGCUGCCCCGGAUUCAGAAGGCUGCCUCAGCUGCCCACACUGAGCUAGAGGGACGCAAAGGCACCAUCUCCCAGUAUUUCACGACCUUACACUGUCCUGUGUGUGAUGAACUGACCCAGUAUGGGAUCUGUAAUAAAUGCAGAAGCCAGCCCCAGCAUGUGGUAGUGAUUCUCAACCAAGAAAUCCGAGAGUUGGAGCGUAAACAAGAGCAGCUGGUCCAGAUAUGCAAGAACUGCACGGGCUGCUUCGACCGGCACAUCCAGUGUGUCUCCCUCAACUGCCCCGUGCUUUUCAAGCUCUCCAGAGUGAGCAGAGAACUGUCAAAGGCACCCUAUCUCCGCCAGCUGCUUGACCAGUUUUAAAUGAUCUGUGUUACAGGAUUCCAGGUGCUAUUUUUUUUCCUUCAGUGUUUACCACACUAAGACUAUUGUGCAUGGUGCUUUUUCAGUUCUCACCUAGUCCAGGAUUUCCAUUUUAACUGUUGGGUUUAUUGUCUGAAGAAUAAUGAACGCUUACCAUAACUAAAUUGAAAAAAAACCCAUUUGUUGAUCUAUGAAUAGCUCACUUUUUAAGAUGUAAAAAUUUCUUCUUCCUUUCAUGUUUCUAACAUACUGUUUUAUAAUGCUGAUGUUGAAAUAGCUCUGUGUAACAUCUUGUAAAUCCAUUUCAAAGUAGAAGUCAAGUUUACUUCCUGGAGGAAGGAGCACUGAAAACCUCUUGAAAUGAUAAAUCCAUUCGUGUGUGUUCUUGAACUGUCAGUAUCAAGACGUGUUACUUAUAUAUUCUUCAUUCACUUUAUAAUUUUGUCUGCGAAAUAUUUUGUAAAUACACUUUUUUACUUUUCAAACAACUGAGUAAAAUAAUGUGCAAUGACUUUUAUACAGAUAAUUUUAAAGUUGGUUGGUAUAUCUCCUCCUAAGUUUUGCUUGAUUCCAAGUAGAUUGUUAUUUUGAUCAGACUGUGCAAGCAGUAGUACCAUGUGUAGCAUUUUGAAACAUUAUUUUCUAAAAAUUGCUGUCUUGCUUUAGCUAUUAAUGGGGCAUUGUGAGGAACUGUGCAAAGACAUUUUUGUUACAAACCUGUGGGACUGUUGCAAUACUUUAAAUAUAAAAUUUUAUUCCAUUUUUGCUUGUUUUGUAUAGACAUUUCUAUUGCUUCUAAAUAUGCUUAAAAUAUUUUCUUUCCUUACGUACUGUACAGUUAAAUCUUAUUUGCCACCAUCUUGACAAAAUGUGUAUUUAGAAUAUUUGUAUAACUGUAUAAAAUGGAAAAGGAAUUAUGUGGUCAGUGCAUUGUUUUCUAAACUGGAAAUCAUUUUGUUUUAGAAGUUAAUAAUGGAAACCAUAUUAAAGUUGAAUAAAAUGAUAUGGUAAAAAAU